AUCUUUGUAGACACUGACGUUUUUUUUCAGGGCACAGCAAAACAAAUCUUCAACACCGUUAUUCCUCCUCUCUCUCUCUCAGUCUCCAGUCAGUUCUAUUGAUGCUCGCCUCGUUCGGGGGUUGAGAGCAAGCUGCUUAGAGAUUUGCAGGAAACUAUAUUGCAACAUCAUUUUGAGGACAACGCUUCACCAAAUAACAAGGAGCAACUAACGUAAAGGAUAUAUAUUCUGAAGAAAAAAAAAAAAAAAAACAAAAAACUAUAUAUUUCUCACAAGCUAAACAUAUUCUAUUAUACUUUUAAAGUCUGCCCAUGUCUCUUGGCGUAUUAUAUUGUGAAUAAUGAAGACCCGUGAUUACACUUUGUACCGUGCUAUGCUGCCUACAGUGUUGAACUCACCUGUUAGUGUCACUUUGUUUUGGCUUUGACACAUCAUUGUCUUUCUUGAUUGAAAAACAAACAAACAAGCAAAAAACUACAUUUCGGAGCAGUUCCACAGAUAGAGGACAAUUGUGUGAAGAUAUGGAAAACAUACGAGGUAUGUUUUACUGAAGCGAGCGUGUUUGAAAACUUUGCAAAGGAUGGGCACGAAAACGUGAAUGGGGCGACCACCACGUUAACCACAGCCGAAUAUGUGCAUUCACAUUCGGAGGGGGAUCUACUGUUGAGCUAAAUACUGUAGAGUUGGCUACACAAAGACAUGCUCGCUUAAAUAAUUUAUGGUGCACGGAUUUCUCCCUUUUCGUUUAGAAUACUGUAAUAACUAAACUGUUUUUUUUGUCAAGGGUGUUAAUUAAUGGACAUGUUUGUCCGAAUAUUAAGCAGUGUGAGGUGCAAUAAUAAUAAUAAUAAUAAUAAUAAUAAUAAUAAUAAUAAUAAUAAUAAUAAUAAUAAUGAUAAUGCACUGUACAGCAAUAAUUAGCAAAACAGCGCUGGUGUAGUGGAUUUCUUUUUUAAUAUUUGAGAAUUUAUAAACCCAAGUCGAAUUUUUUGUUGAUCAGAUGCACCAUGAAAUCUCUGUUUUACAGUCGGUUCUUCAUUCUUCUGCCUUGGGUUCUGAUAGUAAUUAUAAUGAUAGACAUUGACACCAAGAGAUCCUCAUCCAGGAGUCCAGCGCAUCCCUAUUUCUCAAGACUGGGGAAUUCCCAGCGACUGGGUAGAGCACCCCACAAUGGCAAUAAUAAUCACUCGUCUUUGCCAACUAUCUAUGCCAUAACCCCUACAUACAGUCGGGCGGUACAGAAAGCGGAGCUCACCCGCUUGGCUAACACUUUCCGCCAGGUACCCCGUUUCCAUUGGAUUGUGGUGGAGGAUUCUAACAUGCGAACGGAGCUCGUGUCGCGCUUCUUAGAGCGCUCGGGGGUCCCUUACACACACCUGCAUGUGCUGACCCCCAGGAGGUAUAAGCGAGCUGGGUUACCGAGGGCCACCGAACAAAGGAACGCGGGGCUCGGCUGGCUCCGCCAGCACCGUUCCCCUCGGGACUUCGGGGUCGUCUUCUUUGCAGAUGAUGACAACACUUACAGCCUGGAGCUCUUCUUUUGAAGACUUAAUGAAAUGCGCUCAACACGGAAGGUGUCAGUGUGGCCAGUGGGUCUGGUGGGGGGACGUUGGUAUGAGCGCCCCCUUGUGGAAAAAGGCAGAGUGGUGGGCUGGUACACAGGCUGGAGAGCAGAUAGGCCCUUUGCCAUUGACAUGGCAGGGUUUUCAGUGAAUAUUCAAGUUAUUCUGGCAAAUCCCAAAGCUGUGUUCAAACGCCGGGGAUCCCAACCAGGAAUGCAGGAAUCUGAUUUCCUAAAGCAGAUAACAAAAGUGGAGGAACUUGAACCCAAAGCACAGAAUUGUACCAAGGUCCUCGUUUGGCACACUCGAACUGAAAAAGUGAACCUAGGGAAUGAGCCGAAACAUCACCAGGACACCAUUCAGAUUGAGGUUUAAUAAAAGGUAGUAUUACAAAAGGCACACAGGGAGGGCUGGAACACAAAAUGCUUAUCACAGCUGAUCUUCCAGGCUUUCUUCAGUCUGUCUCCAUGAAACAGGACCAGGUACUCAUGUGAUGGACCUUUAUCCGAUCUCGAUGGAAUAUCAGAUGACUUGGGAACCAAAUACAAUGUGUUUUUGUCUCCACCUGCAUGCUUUUGUAUUCUUCUUCUAAGCUCUAUUUAACACUGUCUUCUGAUAUGGAUCAGUUCAGUCCUGUGAAUGAAGUCUGACAUUUAUACAUUUUCAGAAGCCAUUUAAAAUGGGUAUGGGAUAGGCCUUUUUGGGGGAUUUCCUGUCACCUUCUGUAGCUUGUCCACUAGAAAAUGAAAUGUCAGAUGCCUUACAGAAAAGUGGUUUGACACCAGAAGGUCAACAAUUCAGAGAACCUGGAUUAUUCUAGAAAGCUGGCAAUGUUUGGCAGUAUUUUCUGUAUUCAAAACAAUAAAUCAGUCAUUAGACAAAAGGAUCACACAAUAGUUCAUGGCUAUUAUCUGUUUAAUGCACAGGAAAAAAAAAAAAAAAAAAAAAACACAUACACACAUAUUACCAUCUGUACUAGGCACCAUUAUAAUGUAAACACAUAUAGUAAUAAACCUGGAGGAAACUGCAAUACAAUUACUGACCCUAACUACAUUUGUAGGAACUCUGCAUUCUAUACAAUUACAUAUUUUUUGCACCAAAUUUAGUAUUUUACUAACCCUAUGGAGGUCUGAAAAUCACAGCCUUUAUAAGUUUUAUUUUAAAUGAGUUACAAUGUUGUAUCAUCCAGGUUUAUUUUCUGCUUACUAACUGCGCUUUUCUGUAACACGCACAAUAAACAUCACAGCGAAAUGGAUGACUUUUCAACUGAAGAGAUAGUAUGUGUAACAAAACAAUCUUUACUGAUUCAUUUA